UGCAUAAGGAGAGGGGGGGGGGCUUCUCUGUUAGACACAGGUCCAUCCAUCUGACCUGCCAGAGACGUCAACAUGAAAUGAAGAGUUCCGAGGAAAGGACGGCUCUGUGGCUCUGUGGCUCCGUAAGCCUUGUGCCGGCCGGUAGCCACUCUGGGAAGCCUCGUGCCCAGGGAUGAGCCGAGGAUGAGAAAGCAGGAGCCCGACCUGGUGCUUCUCCACUACGCUGACAGACGGGAGGGCAGGGAGGCACCUCUUGCAUUUCGGAGCUACGUUCUCAUCCCCCCGUCAACUGCCAAACUAAAAAGAUGCCACCGGGGCACCGGCAUUCCCAUGGCAACACCGAGGCUUUGCUGACCCGGGGCAGGCUGGGCUGCCUCCUCCUUCUCAAACUACUGAUGUUGGCAAAUGUCAGCGUCUCCUGCCCGUCUAAGUGCCGCUGUGUCGCAGACGUUGGACUCGUGCAAUGUGGCUUCCCAGCUCUCCAGGAGAUCCUGGAGGACAUCCCUCAGUGGGUCCAAAACCUGUCACUCAUAGGCGGUGAUGUCAAUGUCCUCCGUCCGGAGACUUUCCAGAGGAACAGUAGCCAACUGGGCAAUUUAACCACCCUUAUUUUAAUCAACAGCAGCAUCCAAGCCAUAGAAGCACUGGCAUUCCAGGAGCUUCCAAGCCUCACAACGUUAGACUUGAGCUUUAACCGCUUGGCCACCAUAGCCAACGAUGCAUUUGAUAGAGCCGGUCAACUGGAAGUCUUAAAACUUAACCAAGCUUUCCAAGCUCCGGCCGUCAAACCUCUGAUUAACCCUCAGUGGACGAAACAUUUGGGAAACCUUCACCAGCUUGAACUGGCCGGCAAUGCCCUGCAGUCCAUCCCCAGCUUGGUCUUCCACCUGGAAAACUUGGAGAAACUGAACAUUGGAAAUAAUGCCAUGAAGAGGAUGGACGAGGAAACCAUCUUGAAUUUAUCCUUUAAAAAGAAACUUGGGGUUUACUUGAGCCCCAACCCUUUCGCCUGCGAUUGCCGGAUGACCAAGAUGUUUCUGUGGCUCAGGAAUUCCUCCCAAUCAUUGGACGCCCAAAGCCUCAAAUGUUAUGCCCCAUCGAGCCUCAAUGGCACAGAUGUCAUGGCUCUGAAACUGGAGGAUUUUAAGUGCACAAACGAAGACCUGGAAACGGCAUCUUAUGUCUUCUUUGGCAUAGUCUUGGCCCUCAUUGGGGUCAUCUUCCUCAUGGUCUUGUACCUCAACCGAAAGGGCAUGAAGAGGUGGCUCAACAACAUCAGAGAAGCCUGUAGAGACCAGAUGGAGGGCUACCACUACCGAUAUGAACAAGACUCAGAUCCCAGAAGGUCCAAUGCUUCCACCGGCAUUUAGAACCUGUAUUCCAGGGAAGACGGACUUCAUAUUGGAUUUAUUCAUUACAUUGUUACCCUUGGGGGUAUUGGGGGGGGGGAGGUAGGGCAACCAGUAUUGAAGGAUUUUGUUGAUAAUGAGAUAUUUCUUGUAGUGUGGACCAUUUGACUCCCUCCUCCCCCCAUUGGUCUUCUGGUGAGUAACAUCUGCCAUGGAAUGUGCCAUAUCAUUGAUUUCUCAUGGUUUAGGGGGAAUCUUUUGCCCCAAGUCCUUCUUGCUCCUCCUGUAUAACGGAUAUGGGGCAGCACUGUAGCACCAACCCAACGUAGAAUGUAUCAGCUAACGGACCUCUAUGUAUGGCCAUGAUUAAACCCAAUACGUCUAGUUCUACCUGAUACCUGGUAGCCACAGCUAUAGCCAUCAUACGGGCAAGGGCACCGGGCAGGUAGCCACCAUCUAACCGCAUAUACUGUAACUGGGCAUUCUGUAAAUAUCCUUUAUUCCCCCCCCCCCAUAGAAUAAGCCAAUGAUCAUUACGUUAAGACACCAACUUCAUUAAUCAAAGAGAAUUAAUUCCUCGUUAAGUUCCUCCUAUAUUAACUAAUCACAGUACCAGGACUGAGCGUCCAAUUAUCUAUCUAAUGUCACAGGGUGGGAGGGGCCAUCUAUAGUUCAUUUGCAUAAUAUCACCGUAUAAACGAUAACGAUGCACUUCUAGACUAUUCUAGGGGUUAGAGAUACUCAACCCGCACUUCAUCGCCCCCCACAAUAAAACUAUAGAUACAACCCCCUAUGAAGGUAUCGGGGUUCCAUUAUUUUAUGGGGGGGUUUCCCGGCGCCGUAUGUACCAAAGCACAAGUAUUUACACUGUGGUCCUUUUUGUUUACUAAAGCCGGCAUAGACAUGGAGACAUAGCCAUACCCGGGGCAAGAGCGAGGGGCUGGGGGGGCAAUCACAGUAUCGGGGGGGGGGGUCCGUAUUCGAAGCCACUGGAGCAGCCGACCUCACGCAUGUGACCAUUGAUAAAUAUGCAUUAAACUGAAUGAAUUACUUGCACUUUAGCAAAUAAACCUCGUUGUUAGGCUGGAAAUAUAAACGCAUCCACUUCCUACAAUGAUUCCAAGUAAUAAUAAUAAUAAUAAAAUCUUUUAUUGCUCAAA